GCUGCAACUCCGCCUGUUUUGAGACGCAUCCAGAACCCGGCCAUCGGGAAAUUGGCACAAAGAAAUCCGCGAUUCAGAAUCUCCAAUUUGCGAAAUGGCAGAGGUCAGGAAAAGCCAACAAGGCCGCAAACUGUCAGCGUUGAUGAUGCUGAUCAGCUCUCAGACGCGGAAUCUGCAAAUUCGUCAUCGUCCCUCGCAGACAAAGAAAACUCGCGUCGGUCCGGAGGAAACAAGAGACAAAAUGCAGAAACUGCUUCUCCAUCGACUUUAUUACGCUCUGCAACUCGAGAACAUCAACAACAACAAAACCAACAGCAAAUGUGGGCUAGAAGCAAGAACAAAGACGAGGACAUGAGCAUUCGUCUGGGGCUUUUGUUGGGCCGAAACACGACGUCGAGUCCGUCGACGACGAGUUCCAGAUCCUCAAGCAGCGGAAGAGGAACUCUGGUGCAUCAGUUGGCUGCAAAUGGUGUCGACAAAGUCGACGGAAGUGACGAGCACGUCAGUGGGAGCAAUCGAAUGAAGCCGUCGACAGCUGGACAUUUGCCUACAAUAAGACUGCUGUCGGGACAAAGGUGGUCGGAGGAGGAGCGAGCAGCUGUCGAGAUGAUGGGCCGGUGUAUGAAUGACGACGGAAACGACGCGUCGACGGACUCUUUCGGGUCUUUGAUGUCGUCUUGUUCGUCGCCGCAAUUCGGAAGAGCCAGAAGACGUCACUCCAUCACGACUACUCAACAAGGGCAAAUAGAAGAUCUGAAUGUUUUCGGAAGACAAAAUUUCGUGAGAAGAUCUGCCCGAGCUGCUCUUCAGGUUCCAUCGAUAAGAAAUCCAUCAAACUGUGCUUCACCGUGUCAAGUUCGUUUGGACCUCAAGCCGUUAUUCUUCGAAGUGCCUCAACAAGAGUCUGACACGUUGUUUAUCGGUCGACGAUGGGUCUUCAAAGAAGUUGAAAACGAGCUGAUUUCAAGUUCCGAAGCCAUGAGUUCUGUACUUUCUGCUUCAAGACCCGGGUCUGGGGUCACAAUUUCUGGCACUGUUGGCAACGGAAAAACUGCCCUUAUUUUGCAACUGGUCGACUAUUCUUGUUUUGGAAGAAAACGCGAGGACAACUUCAGGGGAGAAUUUUAUGGGACGAGAGGCGGAAUGUCGAACCAAGGCAUGAUGUCGACGAUGAACCAGAGCCAGAGUUCAUUGGGAGCCUCGAGAUUCAGUCUGGUGUCGGAUAGCUUGAAGAUAAUUGGGUCCAGAGUCGUUGGGUUCCACUUUUGCCAGGCUGAUAACGCACCCACUUGUCUGGUUCCUGAUUUUGUGCACAACCUUGCGGCCCAGUUGUCCCAGGCCCCUCAGCUUGGUGCUUACAGAGAGUAUUUGCUGCAAAAUCCAACAACAGUGGACCUGUUGUCCUUGAGAGAGUGCAUCUGCGACCCUCACAGAGCUCUGGUGCAAGGCAUCCUAGAGCCCCUGGCAGCUUUGAGGCGAAUUGGGAGACUGUCAGGAGAGACUUGCAUCAUUGUUGUGGAUUCCUUAUGCGAAGCAGAGUAUCAUAAACCCGACUAUGGAGACACUAUUGCCAGCUUCCUCACCAGACACAUCAUGAAGUUUCCAGGCUGGUUGAAAUUGGUUGUGACUGUGAGAUCCCAGAGGGAUGAUGUCACCAGGCUCUUGCCCUUCAGGGUUCUGAGCUUGGAUGAUGGCAAUUCGAGUACUGGAAACGUGAGGCAAGAUUUGGAGGAAUAUGUCAACUUCCGGCUCUGCAACAGCAUGUCCAUUAGCAAAAAUAUUUCCAUCAAUAGUGGUACUAAGAAGGGACAAGAGGCUUGUGUCAAAUUCGUUUCUCACGUUGUCAGCAUCGCCAAGGGAUCUUUCUUAUACACUAAGCUAACAUUGGAUCUGAUAGAACGUGGGCAUCUCAUCAUGAAAUCUUCAAGCUACAAAGUUUUGCCUGUCAACACGUCAGAGAUCUUCAUGUUGAAUUUCAAUCUGCGAUUCCGAACAAGCAGCUCCUACGAAAGGACCGCAGAUAUUUUGGCGACUUGUUUGGCUUCUUUGAGUCCCAUGACUGCGCAUGAAAUCUUUCAGUGUGUGAAUGCUGGGAACAGACACAAUCCCAUGGCCUGGGAGGAUUUCACUAAGCAAAUGGCCAUUCUGCAAAGCUUUUUGGUUCGCCGUGGAGACCAAACUUACAUGUUGUUUCAUCCUUCGUUCCGAGACUGGCUUGUGAGGAGGAGUGAAGGAGAGUCUUCCAAAUUUUUAGUUGACAGAAAACGUGGCAGCAUGUGCAUAGCAUUGCACUAUGUCCAGUCCGACUCGCCAUUGGGACCUGACAAGGGUCAAGAGUUGGGUCAUCACCUCCUCAAGGCACAUCUCUUCAAGCAAGUGACUGCAGUGCAGCAAAGACACGUGAAGAACGGCUGCGGGAAUUCAUCAGCUUCCGGAGGGUCUUCGUCAUCUUCUUCAUCAAUGUCUUUAGGAUUAUCCUCCAUGUCCCAGUUGUCAGAUAUUCGGGGAUGUGGAAGCAUUGCUGUCGCUGUUCGUGAUGCCUCUAGUGCCUUGGUCGGGCAUCGAAAUGUUUUCAGUCCGAAUGUGAAGGUGUCGCGUCUGCUGCUGCUGUCGGGGGCUUCUCCGGACCAAUCGACGAGCUGCUUGAAGAAUGCGCCUUUGCUCUGCGUGGCGGCCAAAGAAGGUUACCUGGAAAUGGCGUCCCUGCUGCUGGAAUUCGGCGCCAAUCCGGAAGCAACCAACGAAGACGGUACCACAGCCCUGUCCUUUGCCGCGAGGCACGGACGAGUGGAAGUUGCCAGACUGCUGAUUGAACGUGGUGCCAGAGUGAAUUCCGUGGAUGCCGGGGACUGGUGUCCUCUGGUGCAUGCUGCCAGUGCGGGUUUCCUCAACGUCAUCAGCUUCCUGGUGUCGUGCGACUGGGUCGUCAGGUCAGACGCUGACCUGGGCCUGGAAGAGGCGGCGCAACAGGCGCUCUCUGCGGCUGCCCUGCGUGGCCAUGACCCGGUCGUCGACUUCCUUUUGGACAUGGGCGAAGUUACAGUGAAUCGUGUGGACACGUUAUUCGGGGAGACGGCAUUGACAGCAGCGGCAUCUAGGGGACUUGCGGGACUCUGUAGUAAGCUGAUGCGCAGAGGAGCCCGUGUAGAUGUCGGGGACUUGAGAGACUCGCCGGCGCUGGUCAGAGCCAUCAAAGAAGGCCAUUGGGAAGCCGCAGAUGUCGUGUUGUCACAUGGUGCAAGUGUGGAUCAGAGCGACGGGCAACGGAGAACUGCCCUCAUGAUGGCUGCCAGUGAAGGCCAUGUUGCUCUUAUAGAGCUGCUUCUUGGAAAAAAAGCGAAUGUGAAUGCCGAAGACAGGGACAGGAUGACUGCCUUGGGCUGGGCAUGUAUGCGAGGUCAUCUCGUUUGCGUGCAAGUGCUGUUGGACGGGGGUUGCAACAUCAACCACUCUGACAAAUACGGACGCACUCCUUUGGACCUCGCUGCUGAAAAAGGGCAUUUUAGGGUUGUUCAGUUAUUGGUUGACAAAGGGGCAGAAGUGGAACACUUGGACAUGAACGGAAUGAGACCCUUGGACAGAGCGAUUCAAGCUGAUCAGUUGGAAGUUGUGAACGUGUUUUUACGCAAAGGUGCCAAACUGGGAUCUGCAACGUGGACUUUGGCCCAAGGCAAAUACUGUAUUGUGUUGACAUUGCUGAAGAAGCUGCUCGAAGAUGGACAGACAUUAUUGAAGAAAGGUCAAUUGCAAGACGCAGCUUUUCGUUUUGGCUACGCGUCUAAAAAGUUGCCAAUUUACCAACCAGUACCUGAAGGAAUGUCUCAGCUGAAUGUGCGAUGUUUCGCUAGUCUCGACCUCAGCCUGGUUCUCGGGCUGUCGCGUUGCAAACGCAAAAUUGGAGAUUUCGAUGAGGCUUUGGAACUUGCGACGAAAGCGGUUGACAUGCGACCGGACAGCUUUGAAGCCUUUUACGCCCGAGCUCGGGUUCUCAACGACUUGGGAAGAAAUUCGGAAGCUUUGCAAGACCUGACAGAGGCAAUCCGACUUGCACCACAGAACCGAGAUGUCCGCCGGGUUCUGCUCAGAGUGAAAGAAGAGAUGAAAUCCGUGGAUGAUUUGGAUUCCAAUGGGAACUGCACCCGAGUGACCCUGGGUCCAGCGGCGUCCAUUGAAACCCUGGCCGGGUCAAAUGCCAGCAGCGCCAUCUAUGCCACUGUCACGUCCUGUGCCAUGUCUGAGCGCCAUCUUGUGACUGUGUGCAGGGACCCCCGGUGGCAGAAAGAGGAAGUAGAACAGCAGCGUGUUGGGGUGCGACACGACGUUCAGUUCCUGGCCGGGUUCUCUGGCUAUCGGUUGGUCGCCAGUGAUGAUGAAACCCCUGUGGAACGGGGUUUUGUGUUUUGCAGCAUUCGUGAUGGUUGA